UAAUUAUAUGAUUUCAGAGGUAAAAAUUGUGAAGCUUCAUCAUCCAAUCCUGCGUACCAUCAAUUUCUUGUGACAACUGGGGCGACUGCUAUUGAUUUUAAUGCAUUUAUACCUAAAAUAAGUUCCUAUAAUCAAAAAAAAGUUAUUACAAAAACUUGGAAUGCCCCUUUAAGCUAUGAAGAGGUUUUUGAUAUAAAAGUUUUCGGGUAUGAAAAGAAAGAUAUAACAACUAAAAGCUCUAACUAUGACACACAAGAUUUAUCAACAGCAAAGAAGAAACAUUCUGAUGACAAUAAGGAACAAAUGGAAGUUGAUAAUAAAUUGCCAAUGGAUAAUUUUUACUUUGGUGAUGACAUUAUACCAGUCAUUGAUUUAGAUACGGAUGAAUGUACUUAUAUAGUAUCUGGUCGAAGAUGUUUACAAGUAUUGGGAUUUGUAAAAGCUACAACUGAACAAAAAUCAUUUUUAAUGGGUGGAGGAUCAUAUAUUUUUAAACCCCAUACAACAGAUCAAACAGCAUUCGAUGCUAUUUUCAAGUCUAUGGUUGAAAGAAGAGAAGUGAUGAUUGUUAGAAAAGUUGAUUUAUAUAUCAAUUUGGUGAACAUUGGUGCACUAUUUCCUAGAAAAAUGAAAAAGGAAAAAUUUUUUAUGUAUGUCAGUCUUCCAUAUGAUGAGGAGAAGGACUACACAUAUAAGUUACCAUCAUUAGACUCAAUUAAGUUACAUUUAAAAGAAAAGAUUGCUAUUAAACGUAAAAAUGCAAUGGACAUAGAUAUAGAUGAUGGGAAUACAUUUGCUAUGCCAGAAAAUAGAUAUGACUUAGAAUUACAAUCUAUGUAUGAUUGUAUUGUUCAACCAAUAUUAACAAAAGUAAUUCCAAGGAAAAUCCAACGUCCAAAAAAACCCCUAAGGCAUCGCAUAAGCCUAAAGGAAUAUAUUAGACCAAAUUUAGAAAAUAUUAUAAAUAAAUUUUCCUUUAGACAAGAAUUUUUCGAAAACUUGACUAAUAACGAUAAUAAUAUGCAAUCAGAUCAUUAUGAAGAAUUUCACGUUUCAAACGAGUUAACAAACCCCUCUCAAAGCUUUAUCAAAAAUGAAUUUAAUAAAAUAUUUUCCAUUAAACAAGAAGUUUCUGAUGGAAAUUCGUCGGAAAUUAUUAAUAGUAUACAUUUGGGUUGUGAUGAAGAAUUAAAAGUUUCAAACGAGUUAACAAACCCCCCUCAAAGCUUUAUCGAAAAUGAAUUUAAAAACACAUUUCAAGAAGUUUUUGAUGGUUCCUCAGUUGAAGACAAUAAUACUACAAAAGUUGAUCGGGACGAAGAAUCGGACAUUUCAAAUCAAUGUGUGAUUACACAAUUGACUCCGAUAGAAGAUUUUAAAAAGUUUUUAAAAAAUGGAUUUGAUUCUGCAAUUGGUAUUCCUAAAUUUGUUUUUAGUUAUAGAAGUAUAUUUAUUUGUUAUAUUGUAUGAUUCUCUAUAGUUAUGAAUACAGGGGCGUAGCCAGAAUUUUUUAUUAAAGGGUGGGGUACAACUUAGCAUUGAAAAUACCCUUUAAACUAACUACUAGGUAAUUUAAAUUCUAUGGUAAGCAAGCUUAAAAUGCAUUAUUUUUUAACGGUUAUAAUAAUAUUUUACGCCUCAUAAGAAAAUUGUUGGUACAGUAAAUGUAGAAUAUCACGAUAAAGCUAAAACAUUUACUAUUAACUAAAUAAUAUAUAAAAUUAAUUAGAACAGAAUUACACUUUGUUGUGUAAUAAAACGCCUUGUUUUCUAUUGAGGCUGAGUAUAGAAUUCAAAGAUAUACCUCCUAACAAUUCCGAGCAAUCUACUUUAUUAUUAACAAGAAUAUUAAUAAAGGAAAUAUCUGAAUAUUUUUUCUCUAUAUUAAAGAAAUGCCUGGUUUUGAAUUAAAAUAAUAUUCAAAUGCAAAUACAAACUGAGUUUUUAAUUUUAUCAUAAAAUGUAUACAAAUAAUUAAUGUGGAUUUUUUCUAAAUUAUUGAUAUAGUCACCUAAGAACCAUCAUAGUCAAUCUCAAAAAAUUCAAAUAUGCUUUUUAUAUAAUAUUAUCAAUAGAUUCACAUUUUUGAGACCCGUGAGACCAAGUGAUUAGUUUUGAUGUUUGACUGGUAGGUUCGCUGUGAAAAUUCCAAAUGUCAUCAUAGCCUAUCUAAUAUUGUUUGUUAUAAGUGGUAUCAUAGUGGUAUCAUGGAUUGUCUAAAAUUGUUAUCAGUGGUAUCAUGGUCAAUCUAAAAUUAUUGGAACUGGUACUAAUAAUAAUAGACAGCCGUCAGCAGCCAACAACUCGAUGAAAUUAGUAUUACUAAUAUUAUUAUUAUUAUUGACAAUAAAAUAAAACGUUUUAGAGUUAAUUAAUGACAAAAGGUAUACCAACAUUCAAAAUUCCUAAUAAAAAAACAGUUUUGUUCACCUUGAAAAGUUGGGAAAACUGAGAUUGGCCAUGAUGCAAUAUGUGUAUAUAUAUUCUUAUGUGACGAUAUGUGUUCCAUAUUCCAAAAUUGGAUGUACAAGUGCACAAUACUUUCCAACGGAGUGAGUGUCAUUGAACUCUUGAGCAUUUCCAUACAUAAAUCCUAGAAUUUGUAUUUAAAUGUAUUCAAAGGUAUUUAAAAUAUUAUGCUAUAACACUCUGGCUGACUUGUAAUGUACUAGCAAGUUCUGUUUAGUAAUAGUUUUAGUAUUGUACAGAUUAUAUUUUUAUGUAUAAAUUAUGCAUAUAUUAAAAUUCUGAUUUGAUAUCUUCGAGUAAUUAGAUUUUUCACAACAUUUAAAGAGUAUCCUGUGGUCUUACAAACAUGAUAACCUAUGUACAUGUUUUAAUAAAAAAAUGUGAAUUUAGAAGAUUUAUCUGAAAAGGUUGACGCAUUGUAAUCAAAAAUUUGAGCCAAAAGUUUCUGAGGUAUUCUACUUAAAAUACUAAGGGUAACAGUCUAUUAAAUAUUAUGUAAAUGAAUUUAA